AUGCAAUACCACGCACUGAGUCUUGCAGCCCACGGGGCGAAAGUGGACAUCAUCGGAUACGCUGGGUCGGAAACUCACCCAGACAUCUCAAGGAGUUGUAUGAUUGACAUCAUCCCGGUUCAACCAUUUCCUCCCCAGCUCCAAACAUCCAACAGACUCUUGUUCCUCCUCCUGGCGCCUCUCAAAGUUCUUUGGCAGAUCUGGAGUCUCUACCGUGCCCUUGGCCACAGAACAGUCGCCGCCAAGUGGAUGCUCAUCCAAAACCCUCCGUCCAUACCGACAUUGGCUGUUUGCCAGGCCAUCUGCUUCAUCCGCAACACACGUCUAGUCAUCGACUGGCAUAAUUUUGGAUAUUCGAUCCUCGCUCUCCGGCUGGGCCCCUCCCACCCUCUGGUCAAACUAGCUAAAUGGUACGAAGGCUUCUUUUCCUCGCAUGGUGUCCACGCCCACUUCGCGGUAACGAAUGCAAUGUGCCGAGUCCUGAAGGAGAGCUGGGAUGUGGACGCUAUGCCCUUGCACGAUCGACCACCAGCCAUAUUUCAGCCUCUUACCACCCCUCAAAGGACAGAUCUUCUACGACGCCUACCAGGGACAGAAAAGCAUGCAGAAGAUAUUCUCGCGGGACUUUGCCGACUAGUUGUGAGCUCGACCUCCUGGACUCCAGAUGAAGACUUCUCCGUACUACUUGAGGCCUUGGUAAAGUACUCUUCAAUGGUAGAUGCGAAUCCAGAACUGCCGAACAUCAUCGCCRUCAUCACUGGGAAAGGACCGCAGAGAGACCACUACCUCCGCGAGAUCCAGGCUCUCACUGCAGCGGAAAAACUACAGCAUGUCGUCGUCACGACCGCGUGGCUAAGCGCAGAGGACUACGCGCUCUUACUGGGCUCCGCAGAUCUCGGCGUCAGUCUACAUACUUCAUCAUCGGGAGUCGAUCUUCCGAUGAAAGUCGUCGAUAUGUUCGGCACUGGUCUACCUGUUGCGGGGUGGAGUGCGUUUGAGGCAUGGCCGGAAUUGGUGCAGGAGGGUAAAAAUGGCCUGGGCUUCGAGAGUGCGGGACGGCUAGCUGAGAUACUAGAGGACAUCUUUGGAGAUGAUGGUGAGAAGCUUUUCGAGCUCAGGAGGGGCGCUAUGGAGGAGUGCAAGCGGCGAUGGGAUGAUGAGUGGAUGCCCGUUGYAGGGCGGUUAUUUCAAUUGAAAUCUUGA